AUGCUGGUCAGAGUUUUGGUCUUUAUCACUCUUGGGUGCGAUCUAGAGCCACAGUCCAAUGAACCAUACUUAGCCACUUCUCUUCAAGAUUUCUGGGGUCGCCGUUGGAACCUGAUGGUCCCGGCGAUUCUACGGCCGGCCAUUUACGACCCGGUGCGGCAAAUUGCCCAACGGAAACUGAACUCCGAUCAGGCUAGAUUUUUGGCGGUUUUGGCCACGUUCUUGGUCUCCGGUGCAGUUCACGAGCUGAUCUUAUUUUAUAUGACUCGUGAGAUGCCUACAGGAGAGGCCACUUGGUUCUUUGUGUUACAUGGAGUUUGCACGGCGGCGGAAGUAGCGGUGAAGAAGAUGACGUUUGUACGGCGGUGGAAGAUGAGUCCGAUGAUUUCACGACUUCUCACGGUAGGGUUUGUAUUUGUGACGAGUGGUUGGUUGUUUUUCCCUCCUCUUAUAAGGAGUGGCAUGACCGAGAGACUCCUUAACGAAUCCUUGCUGUCCAUUGAUUUCGUCAAGCGCAAGUUAUUUACCUUUGGGUAG